UUCUUUGUAUCUUAUAUUAUCUCUGAUUAGUUAAAUCAAGUUCUAGUCAGAAUUUUGGACCCAGGAAAAUGAAGAAAGUUGUGUUGAAGCUGGGCUUGCACGAUGACAAACAAAAGCAGAAGGCCAUGAAAGCAGUUUCCAGUCUUGAAGGCAUUGAUUCAAUUCAGGUGAACAUGAAAGAUCAAAAAAUGAUAGUAAUUGGUAAUGUAGAUCCGGUGGAUGUUGUGAAAAAACUUAAAAAAUUUUGGCACACAGAAAUUCUGACUGUUGGGCCUGCAAAGGAGGAGAAGAAAGAAGAACCGAAGAAUGAAAAAGAGAAGAAGGAAGAGCCGUGUAAACGAUUCUGUCCUCCCAUGGCCACAUACUAUUAUGCCCCACAUCCUGAAGAGUAUCAAACCAAUUGUGUCAUCUGCUGAUUGUGAGACUUGAGAGGGAACAACUGAGAAUUAUUGAAUGCUUUUGGUGGUGAAAUUGGUAUGUUUUAGGAACCCAUUGGAGAUAAACAUCAAACAUGUGUAGUGUGUAUAAUGGAAUUAUAUUGUGAAUGAAAUUCAGGGAAAAUGAAUAAAUGGAUCUUAGAAUUGAA